AUGCUCUUAGUGUACCUAUAAUAAACGGUUAUUGGAUCUAGGAUCAUCAUUAUUCUCUCAGCUGUGAUUAAAGGUGAUGCAAACUUCCAGAAGGAAGAUUAUGAAGUAAAGCAUUUGGAGUAAAGAUUCUUGAAAGCUAAAUAUUCAGACCAAAUUGCAGGCGAAAUUAACUGCUAGAUCACCAAUUACUUCAAAACAAUAAAGUUGCUGUGGCUUAUUCUGAAUAUUGAUGUUUGCCAAAAUUUCAAGCAAUAUACCCCCAACUAAUCCUACUAUCAUAGUCUAAAUGUCUAUGGUUGA